AUGGGGACUGAGGUUUCCCAGAAGCCGACAACAGCUGCCUUGAAGGCCUCUGGCUUUGGGAGCAACGUGGGCAGGUGGUGCUGCCGCUGCUUCCCCUGCUGCGGGAGCUGCAGGCAGGACGGCGGGGGCUGCGGAGUAGAGCACUGUGACAGCGCCUUCCUGGAGCCUGGGUACCACGUCUGUCCGGAAGAUCUAGGCGAUCUCCACAGAGCUGCCUGGUGGGGCGCAGUCCCCAGAGUGGAGCUCAUCCUCAUGCUCAGGGACCCUGGCUUGGACAGGAGAGACAAGAAGAAGAGGACUGCUCUACAUUUGGCCUGUGCCAAUGGCCAUCCAGAAGUGGUAAAACUCCUGCUGCACAGAAAAUGUCAACUUCACAUCUUGGACGGGGAAAAGAGGACAGCUCUCAUAAAGGCUGUCCAAUGUCAGGAAGAGGAAUGUGCAACUAUUUUACUAGAACAUGGCACUGAUCCAAAUAUCCCAGAUGUCUAUGGCAACACUACUCUACAUUAUGCCAUCUAUAAUGAGGAUAAAUCAAUGACAAAAAAACUACUUUCUUAUGGUGCAAAUAUUGAAUCAGAAAACAAGGGUGGACUUACACCAUUUUUACUUGCCGUACAUGAACAAAAACAGCAAAUGGUGGAAUUUUUAGUAAAGAAGAAAGCAAAUUUAAAUGCUGUGGACAACUUUAAAAGAACAGCCCUCAUACUUGCUGUACGUUGUGGAUCAGAAAUUAUGGUCAGCAUUCUUCUUCAGCUAAAUAUUGAUGUAUUUUCUCAAGAUAUAUAUGGACGAACAGCAGGAGACUAUGCUGUUUCUAGGCAUUAUAUUAAAAUUUGCCAACAACUUUCUGACUACAAAGAAAAAAAUAUACCAAGAAACACUUCUCAAAAUAGCAAUCUAGAAGGAACAUCUUACGAGAUUGUGUGUUUGGCAGAAGGAACAUCUAAUGAAGUUGUGGCAGAAGGAGCAGCAAGCGCAAAAGUGGAUGGGCGUUCUGAAGACUCUGCUAUCAGGUUUUCUGGCAAACAAACUAUUGAUUAUUUAUUGCCUACAUCAGAUUAUGAAGACAUUGAUUCUGAUAUCAAGGAUGGAGCAAUUAAGCCAGCAAAUGGACAAAGACAAAAUGAUACUGGUGUUAUUGCAAGUGCCCCACAAGAAUACACAAAUAAUGACAGUUUAAUUUUGGUUCACAAAAACAACAGAAGUGAUACAACACCCACAUCAGGAUCCAGACAAGACAGAAAUAUGGAAUCACUUUUGGAUUCUGAGGAUGGAGCAGCUAAUCCAGCAAAUGGAAAAAGACAAAAUGGUACUGAUAUUAUUGAACGCACCCCAUGA